ACCAUUUCAAACCAGAUACUCAUGGUCAUGGAGUAUACAAUCAUCUGCUAGCAAACAUAUAGUUUUGUUCUUCUUCAAGCUAAAAAGACUAAAAAAGAAGCAUGCCAAUGCAGAGCUUGCAGUAGCUAAUUGAAUUUAUGCCUUCGUGCAUGCUCGGUACUGGGAUACGUACUAAUCUGCAAAGUAAAGCACUUGUUUUUUUUCUUAUAGAAGAUGAAGUUCGGAAAAGAAUUCGAAUCACAGAUGGUGCAAGAAUGGCAAAAAGCAUACAUGGACUACAACGGUCUCAGAACAGUCUUGAAAGAUAUCUUGCGGUUCAAACAAAGAAACGCAUCAACGCCAGUGGCAUCGACCGCACGAGGAUCUUUGAAAAGAAGAAUGUCCCUUUACAGAGCUUUUAGUGGACUUAAUAAUCGGUACAGGAACUCACCGAGGAAGAAUGAUGAUGAAGUAAUUCUUGUAGAUGCAGUGCAGCAAGAUGGGUCAGAAUCAGGGCAGUACCAAACCACGUUCCUGAAGCCCUGCGAGAUCGGAGGAGAAUGCGAGCCUGUGUUCUUCAGGAGGCUUGAUGAUGAGUUCAAUAAGGUCAUAAGCUUUUAUAAAGGGAAGGUGGAGGAAAUGAUAGAGGAGGCAAAUGAAUUGAGUAAACAGAUGGAUGCUUUGAUUGCUCUUCGAAUGAAGGUGCAUAAUCCGAUGAUGAAAUUUGAUAAAGCUACUUUGGAAAAACUUACGAGCAACAGCAGUACUGGGACAAAAUCUGGAAGUAUGCAUAUGAAUGUGAUUCAAGAAGUUGAGAUGAGCGGUGAGAGACAUAUGGACGAUGAAAUACAAGAAACUGUAGAAACAUCUGGUGUCCAUAAGAGGGACAAUGGACAAAAGGUGGUUUCCAUACAGGGCUUUAGACCAGCAUCAUUGGAAGUCUUGGAUCACGUAAAGCUCAAUAUCACGCCCGAAACUCCAGUAUCUACUUUGAAAACAAUUCUCACUUCGGAUGUCGCCUUGUCAUUCACCAAGAAAGAGCUGAGGAAAGCAGAAGAACGAAUGAUUCAGGCUUUUAUUGAAUUCUAUCGAAAGCUGCAACUUCUGAAAAGAUACUGCUUCUUGAACCUAUUAGCCUUUUCAAAGAUCAUGAAGAAGUAUGACAAGAUCGCCUCAAGGAAUGCAUCCAAGACUUAUAUGGAGAUGGUGGAAAAUUCUUAUCUCGGUAGCUCUGAUGAGGUUUCUAAGCUCAUGGAAAGGGUGGAGGUUACCUUCAUUGAGCGCUUUGCAAAUGGAAAUCACAGAAAAGGACUCAGGAUUUUAAGACCAAAAACCAAGAGGGAAAAGCAUAGAAUUACGUUUUCCUUGGGUUUCUUCUCUGGCUGCUCACUUGCACUUGUAGCAGCCGUUGUUGUGCUUGUACAUGCAAGAGGUAUCCUCAGGAGCCCAGGGCGUGACCGGUAUAUGGAAAACAUAUUUCCUCUUUACACCUUGUUCGGUUUCAUUGUCCUGCAUAUGCUAAUGUACUCUGCAAACAUAUUCUUCUGGAGACAUUAUAGAGUCAAUUAUCCAUUCAUUUUCGGCUUUAAGCAAGGAACGGAGUUGAGUUACAGAGAAGUAUUUCUUCUCAGUACAGGUCUUGCUGUACUGGCAUUUGCUUGUGUCAUCUCAAAUCUAGAUAUGGAAAUGGAUCCAGGAGAAAGUAUCUUCAGAGUCUUUAAUGAACUAGUCCCUUUGGGCCUACUUACUUUUGUGAUUCUUAUAACAAUCUGUCCUUUGAAUAUCAUAUACCGCUCAAGUCGCUUCUUCCUCCUCCGAUGUGCAUUUCGUUGUCUUUGUGCUCCUCUGUACAAGGUUACUCUCCCAGAUUUUUUCCUGGCAGACCAGCUAACUAGCCAGGUGCCAGCUAUCAGAAGUUUGCAGUUCUAUGUUUGCUAUUAUGGUUGGGGUUACUUCAGAAAAAACUCAAAAAAUGGGUGUCGUGGAAGUGAUGUUUAUCAAGCUUUCUAUUUCAUUGUAGCUAUCAUUCCAUACUGGAGCCGUUUAAUUCAGUGCCUUCGACGCUUGGUAGAGGAGAAAGAUGUGAUGCAUGGGCUCAACGGACUGAAGUAUUUCUCAAUUGUUGUAGCACUUGUCAUGAAGACGGGUAAUGAGUUAAAAAUGGGGAUGAUGACUUGGAAGAUCAUGGCUAUCGUCAGUUCAGCUGUUGCGACAAUUUUUGCUACAUAUUGGGACAUUGUCAUUGAUUGGGGUCUUUUGCGAAGGAAUUCCAUAAACCCAUGGCUGAGAGAUAAACUUCUUGUGCCAAACAGAAGUGUUUAUGUUGUAGCUAUGGUAUUGAAUGUUUUUCUACGACUUGCUUGGAUGCAGUCAGUAUUAGGACUAACGGAAACACCCGUCCUGCAUAGGCAAGCGUUGAUUGCAAUAGUUGCUUGUUUGGAGAUAAUUCGUCGUGGCAUUUGGAAUUUCUUCCGGUUGGAGAAUGAGCACUUAAACAAUGUUGGCAAGUAUCGAGCAUUCAAAUCGGUACCCCUACCUUUUAACUAUGACAACGGUGAAGACAGGGACGAUUAGACUCGUACAGCACAGAAGAAUGAGGGUUUUCGUUAUCCAUAUACAAAAAGAUAUUCCUUUUCGUUUGGUUUGCCUUAUUGUUCUUUAUUUUAAUUUAUGAAUGAAAUUGAAAUAUUUGUUUGUGUGAGAGAGAGAGAAAGAGAGAGACUGUAGGGCUGAGCAAAAAUUGAGGCAGGGCGCCAAAUAAUGACUCCUCUACCUUUGUCUCUAAAAGGCACUUUUACUGGUGGGUUGAUGAGUAAAGAAUGAUAUAUGUCUAUGCUGGUUUCUAUAA